UUACUUAUAAAUUUGUAUUUGGCAACAAUAGAUCUUUUUUUCUGUGUGAGCUUGCUAGCGUAUCUUGAUAUUAAAUCGUCUUGGAUAAUGAAGAAGAAAAAUCAAUAAACUAAAUAUUUAUUUACAUUAAUUAUUUUUAGUCACCUGAAUUAUCCAUUCUUUAUAUUUAUUAUUUAAACCUUAGGACGUUUUCAAGUUGAAUGAUGGAUGAUUGUAGUGACUUAGAUAGACAAAUAGAGCAGUUAAGGAGAUGUGAAAUUAUUAAAGAAAGUGAAGUUAAAGCUUUAUGUGCUAAGGCAAGAGAAAUACUUGUAGAAGAAAGUAAUGUACAGAGGGUUGAUUCUCCUGUUACAGUGUGCGGUGAUAUUCAUGGUCAAUUUUAUGAUUUAAAAGAACUUUUCAAAGUUGGAGGAGAUGUUCCCGAUACAAAUUAUCUUUUUAUGGGUGACUUUGUGGAUCGUGGCUUUUACAGUGUAGAAACAUUUCUUUUACUUUUGGCUCUAAAAGUUAGGUAUCCGGAUCGUAUCACGCUAAUUCGAGGGAAUCAUGAAAGCCGACAAAUCACUCAAGUUUAUGGAUUCUAUGAUGAAUGCUUAAGAAAAUACGGGUCUGUAACAGUAUGGAGAUAUUGCACUGAAAUCUUCGACUAUUUAAGUUUGUCUGCUGUAAUUGAUGGAAAAAUCUUUUGUGUACAUGGAGGUUUAUCUCCUUCUAUUCAAACCUUAGAUCAAAUCCGAACUAUUGACAGAAAACAAGAAGUUCCUCAUGAUGGCCCUAUGUGUGACUUGUUAUGGUCUGAUCCAGAAGAUACUCAAGGCUGGGGAGUUAGUCCAAGAGGUGCUGGUUACUUGUUUGGAAGUGAUGUUGUGGCCCAGUUCAAUACUGCUAAUGAUAUUGAUAUGAUUUGUAGAGCACAUCAAUUGGUCAUGGAAGGCUACAAAUGGCAUUUCAACGAAACUGUUCUAACAGUGUGGUCGGCCCCUAAUUAUUGUUACAGGUGUGGGAAUGUUGCAGCUAUUUUGGAAUUGGAUGAACACUUGCAGAGAGAGUUCACAAUAUUUGAAGCUGCUCCUCAAGAGACCAGAGGAAUUCCUACUAAGAAGCCUCAACCAGAUUACUUUUUAUAAAAGGUGAAUCUUCUGUCAUUGGUCCAUUUUUUUUAGUUAACUGGUAAUCAUAGUUGCUUGCAUGAUCCAAUCUCAUGUACAGCCUCACUUGUGUUAAUAGAAGAAGGAAAAAAAAAAAAAAUAGGAACAUGUUUUGAGACUGUGCCACUUGAACUAUGAAAAUUACUCAAAAAGGAAAAGAUGUACAGCUGCCAUGCGUGUUUCUCUUGGAAAUAUAUUUUAUCUUGAGUAUUAAAUUGUAAUUUUUUUAAAAAAAGAAUUGUCUUGUAAAUAUGUCUGUUAGUAUUUCAUUUUAUUCUUACUCUUGUACAAUCUUUUACAUGUCAAUGAAAUUUGAAAUAAAAUCUCAGUAUGAUUAAUAUCA